AUGUUAAUAACUUUGAUUUCCUUUGAAGGUAUUUGGAGAACUAUUGGUGGAUUCACAGCAAUUGCUUAUGGUAACAAUUGGAGCUGCUUUGGUGGAGAUUGGUUAUGAAAUUCAGGUAUUUUCACUUAAAGAUGGGCCAGCACGCUUUGCAUGGAUAAAUUUAAGAGUUCCAGUUACUGUCAUUCAAAAAUGUGACAAGUCAUAUAAUGCUAUGGACUGGCUAAACUUUAAUGGCAUAAUUGUGAGCUCUCUUGAAGCCAAGCAUGCCUUUUCUUGGAGCCUUUCAAGUCGUUGCCUCUUUUAUGGGUCGUUCAUGAAAAUGCACUUGCUUAUCGGUCAAGGCAAUAUGUUGCUAAUGGGCAAACUGAACUAUUGAAUGAUUGGAGCAGAGUUUUCAACCGGUCAACAGUUGUUGUCUUCCCAAACUAUGUCUUGCCGGUAAUAUGUAUGCGACUAGUUAUAUUUGUAUUUAUCAUUGAAAAUUCAUAGAUAGGCACAGAUUUAACAACUUAUG